GGCAUAGGUCACUGGGAUAUAAAGCUGGAUGCUUGCUCCUUAUGUCCAGAACUGGUAUUUUGGGCAGGGUGGAUCAUGGCAGUGAUAACAACAGUCUUGGCCUUGGUUCUGGCCCUCCUCUCAGUGUCAACAACAGCUAAGGAACACAAAGGCUUCUGGGAAUACUUCAUCCAGAGUGGCCAGGAGAAGGGCCGGAUAGAACAGAUUGAGCAGCAGAAGCUCAGCAAGGAGCCCCCGAACCUGAAAGCCAACAUUGAACAAGACCUCAGUAAUGCGGAUGCUUUCUUGGAGAAGCUAGGGCUCUCGGCUGGACAGGGAAAACCUCUUCUACCUUUUCUGGACUCAACAACGCUGCAGCACCAGCUUCAUAAGGAGCUGGAGGAGGUGAGGACCAGGCUGGCUCCUUACACCCAGGAGGUCCAUCGGCGUGUAGGCUGGAAUCUGGAGGGGCUGAGGAGGCAGCUCAAACCUUAUACCAUGGAGCUGAUGGAGCAACUGGCCCUAGGGGUUCAGGAGCUGCAGGAGCAGCUGCAAGUGGUUAAGGAGGACACCAAGAACCAAUUUCUGGGGGGUAUGAAUGAGGCCCGAGGCUUGCUUCAGGAAUUUCAGCACCAAGUGGCUCAUCACACAGGGAGGGUAAAAGCAUUGUUCCACCCCUAUGCUGAGAGGCUGGUGACAGGAAUUGGGCAGCAUGUCCAGGAACUGCAUCGCAAUGUGGCCCCACAUGCUGCCACCAGCCCAGCUCGCCUCAGCCGCUAUAUCCAGGCUCUGUCCAAAAAGCUGACUCUUAAAGCCCAGGCCCUGCACACCCGUAUCCAGCACAACCUGGACCAGCUACGGGAUGAGCUCAGUGCCUAUGCUGGGGCCGGGGAGGAGGAGGAUGUGGAAGGGUUGGGGCAAGAGUCCCGACUGGCCUCAGAGGAGCUGACAAAGGAGGUACAACGGCGGCUGGAGGCCUUUCGGAUGGAUACCUUCCAGGAGAUUGCCGAUUUCACUAGAGCCAUUGACCGGGAAACAGAAGAAUUGCAACAGCAGCUGGCUCCACCUCCCCCUGCCCAUAAUGCCUUUUCUCUAGAGCAGCAAGGGGAUGAGGGCAGGAAGGUACUGGGAGAGCUAAGAUCCCGCCUUGAUGAUCUUUGGGAAGACAUUUAUUAUAAUCUCCAAGAUCAGGGGCAUAGCCUGUCAGGGGCUCCCUGAAGACCUUCCCUAGGCCCCAGGAGCUUUUGCUUCUUGUAGGGAGUUGUCAAACCCAAGUCUCCAGUAUCCACUCAGUUCUCAACAAUCCCAUUGUUGGGACCAAACGUGGCUGACUCUAAGCAAGACACAGAUGUAUCCCAAUGUCUGAGGCUAUGGCCUCAGCCUAGAAGGUUGCCCUUACCUGUGGGAUCAGUAUCCUUUCAUCUGGUUCUCUUGCCCAGAUGCAUUUCAGUUGUCAGGCUUUGCAAAUCCAUGUUUUCCAUCUCCCCACUUAUGAAUCAGGAGUGAUGUCUCAGCCGAGGGAGCUGUUAACAACAGCUACUUGAAGAUUUCUGCUUAGCUGAAAGCCUGCUUGCUAAGCCCCCGGUUGGUAGGUGUUACCUAAGUGGGAUCAUCUUGGAUCAGCAUGCUUGCCUUUAGCCAGAUUCUAGCCACCACUGGUCCACAGGACUGACUUGAUGACUUUAAUGAAAAUUGAUGCUCUAGGAGAAUUAAAGAAGAAGAGAAUGGGUUUGCGUGUGUGUGUGUGUGUGUGUGUGUGUGUGUGUGUGUCCAUAUGUUUGCAUAUGAGCCCUGUUGGAUUUGAAGGUGAUCAGCAUGGACCUAAUUUCUGUACAUAAAAAGGGCCCUGGAUAUUUCAAAGACAACUGAAGCUGGACUUCUAUUCUGUCACUGAGCCCCUGGUAUGCUGCCUGGGACUAGUUAACCUUUUGGGUUACAGACUGUAUGCCCUAUCUGGGUUCCAUUACAAGGAAAUAUAUCCUAUGAUAUAAGCUUAUUUUUUUCAUGUUAUAAGUUUUGUUAAUAUAAGAAAGCACUGAAAUCAUCACUGUCUCUCCUCUUGUCUACUCAUCCCCUCUUACCCUAGGAUUACAAAUUUAGUGGGGAAAAGACAUUAGAGAUGACCUAGUGCAACUCCCUCAUUUUACAGAUAAGGCAACUGAGGCUUAGAGAAUUGUGACUAGCUUUGGCAAUAUACAGCCAGUUACUGGUAAAGCAGGGAUUCUGAGCCCAAAUCCAGUGUUCUUCCCAUAGUACCAUAAUGACUCUCUUGCUUCCCCCAGAGUCCCUUCUAUGUCAGAGUGGUCUGAUACAGCCCGGAAAAACUCCUGGCUGGACCAUAGAGGGCCCUCAGUCUUGACUGCAGUUAUCUCUUCUCUUCCUGUUGUUCAUUGUGGUUAUUUGCAAUAAAAUCCUAUCAGUGAAUGAAAAAA